AUGUUGCGUUGGGGCAUUCUUGGUACCAGCUUCAUCUCCGAUACGGUGGUAAAGGCCAUCCUCGCCAGCCCUGGUUCACGCAUCACGGCCGUCUUUGGGCGCAACGAGGCUCGACUCGCAGCCUUUGCCGCAAAAUACAACAUCGCCACCAAGUAUCAAGACUUGGAUGCCCUGCUCGACGAUGCUGAAGUCGACGUCGUCUAUGUAGGCUUGCCUAGCCACAUGCACUCUCCCGCAGUGAUUGCUGCUGCGAAGAGGGGCAAGGCUAUCCUCUCUGAGAAGUCGCUUGCAACGACCAUGGAAGACUCCCAUGCCAUGAUUGCGGCUGUUAAGGAGGUAAAUGUCUUCUUCCUUGAGGGACUUAUGUAUCUCUGCCAUCCUUUGAUGGAGAAGGUCGCCUCAAUUGUGCAGUCUGGUGUUCUCGGCACAGUCAAGGGCAUGUCUGGUUACUACGCCGCCAACAUCUGGAAGAAAGCCAACCCUCUUGGAAUGGGCACUAUUUACAAUUUGGGCUGCUACCCGGCUUCUCUGGUGCACUUUAUCAUGGAGACAGCGUUUGGAUCUGAAGCAUUUGGAAAGAGACAAAUCACCGGACUGGGUAACGUUUCCAACGAGGGCAGCUUGCAUGUUCGGGAUGCUUCUCUCAAUAUCCGGUUCGACAAUGGAGUUUUGGCCACCAUUCAAUCCACUGAUAGCUUUGGCAACGACUUUUCCUUUUCGAUCCAGGGUGACAAAGGCGUUCUACGAUUCAGGACAAACCCGUGGCUCCCGCUGGCUGGUGAUAACAUCAUCGAGAUCAAGACGUACGGCGGUUCCACAGAGGAAAUUGUUGUCAGCGCUCAGAUGGAUGCUUUUGGGCAUCAGGUCAAGCGUGUGGAAGACUGUAUCGCCCAGGGUGUCAAAGAAGCCCCCCGACCAUCACCCAGCUGGACAAAUUCUGUUGAAAUCAUGGGACUGUUGACCGAUUGGGAGGCAGACAUCAAAAAGCGACACUCUGAUUAG